GUCGUGUCAGCGAAACGGUUCCGGCUCACGAGCACUCGACGAACGCACCAACCAACUGACCAACCGACCAUGCAGCGCUUCGAGUCAGCCAUCAGGGAUGUGGUCCAGUCCAUGAAGCUGGGCCUUGAGCUGAGGGACGGCAACAUGCCCCUGUCUCUUACAGACCAACAAGGCGACAGAUUGUACAUUUGGAAUGAGGAAGCGUCAGAACUGGUGGUGAUGGACCUGCUGCAUCGACAGCAGGCGCCUGCUUCCCUGGAGAAGCGGGUCAUUCCCGUGCACCGAACAGUGCAAUUCCCCGUGCGCCAGCUACACAUCAACGUCACCGGCAGCCUGGCCGCGCUCGUCUCUGAGCAGGACAUCCAGGUCUUUGACUUGUCUGUAAGAGGACCCUCGGAAUGCAAAGAGCUGAACAUUAUCACAAGUGGGGAGGGUGUUGUGCAAGCAAGAUGGCACCCAUUUUCGCCACGCGCACUCUUCGUCUUGUCCUACAGAGCCCUCGAGUGCUACCAGUUUCCAGACCUGGACGAGCCAGAGAUCCGCCUCACCCUUCCUUCCAUCGCCGCCCCGGAGAAGGAAGUGGUUGCCUUCUGCUUCGGCACAGGCGAUGGGUGGGAGCGCUUGUGCGUGUACGUUCUGCAUGCAGACACCACCAUCUCCUCCUUCUGCCCCGUCAUCCCAGCAAACAGCCUGCUUGGGCGGCAGUACCUCGAGCAGCUGCGCGAUGCGGAGGCAACGGCUGCGGAUGGCGGCAUGGCCGCGUGGGUCAACCGCAUCAUCGACCUUGGCGCAGCACACACUCCGGCCCUCCAAGCCGGUGCCGCUGAGGACGAGGACCAGGUGCUGCGCGUGUCUGUACCGCGACCGGACCACCCAACCUGCAUCGGUCCGUACACACAGCUGCCGAAGAGCCACGCGUUUGAGGACGACGCGGUCUGCAUCGAAUCGGCGGCGGCAGGGGAUUAUGAGCUGCUGUUUACGCUGACCAAAGAGGGAAAGGUGUACAUUCAACUCCUGGCAGAACCUGCUGUCCCGCAAUGGACUACUGACAGCGAAUAUGUGCCAGACGUCUUCACACUCGAGGUUGUUGAUCUUCAACUGCCAUCAUCGACAGGCACAUAUGCGCUGGCGUAUGUCGAGCAGUACUGCAGCGUCGUCGUCUGGCAUUCCUUUGGCAUUCACAUUGUGAACUUGAAGCCAUACUAUGACAAAAUACUCCUUUCGGAGCUGUCUGAUCUCGAGACGAUCAAAUCUGACAUUCACCCUCUCCUUCAACACGAGCAAAGCGACAGCCGCCAGCUGGUAGGCCACAGCGUGUGGGUGCGUGCAUCGGGCAUCAACACCGUUCUCCUGCACAGCGUUGACAGCGGGCGGGCAUGCGAUGUUGCCAUCCGCCCGCUCCGCCUCCUCGUUGCAGCCCCUGUUCCCGCCUCGUCCCACCCAGCAUUCGGCGUUUCCAAUGAGAUGUCGAAGGUAUGGAGGCAAGACGAUGAGAUGAUGUCUGAAUUCGCCAAUCUCCGUGUGCCGACACUGCCCAAACCGCCCAAGACGGUUGAGGCGACGGCGCUGCUGGUGCACAAGGUCAUCACCACGGUGCACGCGUCGGUGCUGCCCACAAUCGAAAAGUCAAAGGCGGUUCUGCAGAAGCGCCGCGCAUUCAACGACGCUCUCCUCGCAAAGCUCAAGCGCUACGUGCAGGCACAACGGGAGCGCCUUGAGUCCGUGUUGGCGGAGCAGGAACGACUGCACAAAAACAUGACCCUGCUCGCCCUCCAAAUGGACCUGCAUGUUGACCGAGCAGAGGUCAUCUUCCACGAUCUGAAUGCGCGCACGCCUGCGUUGAGUGACGAGGAGCGAGCCAUGAAGAAGCGGUUGGAGCAGCUGAACGCGACGUCUAAGACGCUGUGGCGCCACGUCGACCAGCUCAAGCAGCGCGCACACAGGGCACGCGGCCGCCGCGGCCGUCACCACACCGCACAGUCAGUGAUUGAUCCCACCCAGCUUGCCCAAUACCAGCACCGUCUCAACGACCAGCAUGACAGGAUUGAGGACUUGAAAGAGAAAGUCGACAGCAUGCGUGCAUCGCUGUCUUUGGAUUAGAUGAACACUUGGUGUGUGUGUGUGUGUGUGUCUGUCUGUCUGUCUGUGUGGUGACUUGUGUCUAUUCACGUGUACCUCGAUGGUUGUCGACGUUUCUUCUCCCCUUCCUCCCUCCCCCAACACACAAACACAAACACAAACACAUUGUCCUUGUCUGUUUGUUCAGUGUUGUCCCCAACCAAAUAACGCUCCC